AUGUCCGCUAGCAAAAGGAAACUGCCCCCUGGCGUCCAGGACAUAUACCAGGAGAUCAAAGGCAUGCUAAGUACAUAUACGGCACAAACUCACCCCAAUUAUAUGCGCCGGAUUCUAGACAUUCUGAUCAAUAUCAAAGCCAACUUAAAUGAUAACAAGCGGAGCGCUCGGUCCACUAUUUGCACCGAACUUCAGAAACUAGCGUCACUCGCUGAAUCGUUCACAAAGCAACGCCCGCGAUCAAACAAGGACUGGAUUCGUCUGGCUGACGACUUGGAUCGCGAAGGAGUUCAUCUGUGGAAUGCAUCCGCAUCGAUGCAAGAUGCAGGUGAUGAAGAAGGUCAAGCCGUUAGUGCCACAUGUCUCAUCGGCGCCGGUUGCGAGCUCUCUAAGAUAUCGGCUACGGCUUGUCUUAUGCUUCUGUGGCAAUUUGGCGAUCGUCAGUAUCAGGCGAAGCGCUGGUCGGAGGCUGCCGACUGGUUCCUGGCGGGCACUAGUGGGGUCUUUGAGAGUAUUUCGGCAUUGAGUAACUCCAAGUGCUUUCGCAAAGCAGCGCUCUGCUACAUCCAACAAGCAGAGUAUGCCAAGGCAGCAGCGGUGAUCCGCCGAUGCUCGCAGGAUGAGGCGGCAACACACUACCUCCAAUUAUUGACCGCUGUUCACCAAGGCCUUGAGGAUGAGGCAAUAAGUGCAGUUAAAGCCAUGGUAAAAACAUCUGACUUCAAUCGGAAGAUGCUGAUGCUUGCUACUACGCUUGCAAACGAGUCCAAUAUGAAAUCGCUACUUUUGUCGGUGUUGGAAGCUUUAUUGAAUACGGUCCAAAGCUGCACCACUCCGGAUAUGGAUGUUGAAGCGAUCACGUUGGUUCGAUGUAUUAUCAGGCUUGUAUUGAAAGUCCUGGCGGAACCUGCAUCGGAUCGGACAUCGCUGAUCCCUAGAUUAAUCAAGCAUUUCAAUACCGCACUCAAGAUAAUUGAAGGUCUGGACGCCCAACAGAAGGUCACGAUGGUCUCCAGGGAUAUUUCAUGGUUGUGGCGUACUGCGUACAACUGCGCAAUUCAGGGAUGUACAGAAUGGAUGGAGCUGGAGGCCAACAUAUCGGACUUGUUCGAUAUCGCGAGGCAGCUACUUGAAGCAUAUCAAGACGCUACCCUGACGGAUAUCGAUGUCGAAAUCCACAUCCACAUUAUCAACGCCUCUUUUGCCGCUAUCGUUGGGAGAGUUUUAGCAGUCCGUCGCCUCGCCUUGGGUGAUAUCGGGGAUAAUGACCGUGCACAGCGCGUUAAGGAAUUGUCAGACGAUAUUGUAUCAUGCAAGAAGCGUAUUCAAAAUGUCAUUAACACUAGUAAGGUUUUGGUUGACGACGAAAUUUUGCGGGCGCAGUCUUUGCUGCAUGUGCUACGUGUUUUUGAGGCCGAGGUGAUACACCAGAUGAAGGAUUGGUCACGGUUACUUUUAGUUAUUCAGGAAAUUGUUUCUUCGGACGCCCUCGCCGUGAACACAUUCGAGGCUAUCGUUGAUAUUCUCUGGGUCGAUAAGGAGUGCCCCGUAGACGUACUCUUCACAGCGCUUGAGGCCAUCCUCCACGCCAGUCUCGAUCGCGACUCACUUUCGAUCGACAAGUUCUCUAGGUGGUUACGAGCUAUAUGCACGAUGCUUCUGUCCCGAAAUACUCCCGCAGAUAGGGCAAAAGCGAUUGGAUAUGUCGAGCAGGCUGUUCAAGUCCUCCAGAAUUGCACAGCUGAGAGUACUUCCGAGGGCGAGUAUCCCCUAGACGAGCGGUAUUGGGUGCUGGGCACGUCUUUUAAUACUGGCAUUGAAUGUCUACAUGCAUCAUCGUUGGAUGAGGCGAAACGAUGGUUUGAAAUCUCUACUACAAUCUGUCGCUUCGUGCCGGAUGGACGUACUAGAGCGGAUAAGAUAGUAACCCACGGUGAAGAUAUCAGCGUCGUAUUCUCAAUUGCUAGAACGCUUUGCAUCUGGCCCCGUGUCUCUGCCGACCUGAAUGAAAUGGCUUCCUGGAGGAAGUUCUGA